AUGUUCUGCUGGCGUGCUUCGGUCGUGUCGGCGCUGGUUCUGGCAGCUCUCGAGCCUGUCAGCGCAUCACAAGAGCCUCUUGUCGACAAUGGCGCGUCAAUCGCGAAAAGACGGCAAUUGCACGGCCGCUUCUUGCAGGUCUACUCAUCCAUCGACGCAACUGGCGCAUGUCAUAGAGGCCACGGCCCAGCGGGCUACUAUGGUGCCGAGACGUCCGACUGCGACUCGCCCAUCUCGCUCAUCAAUGCCACCUUCGACUGGAUUCGCGACGAGCUCAAGGACUCGAUCGACUUUGUUAUCUGGACCGGCGAUUCGGCGCGCCAUGACAAUGACGAGAAGAUACCGAGAAACGUACAACAAGUCACUCAGCUCAAUCAACUGCUUGUAAACAAGUUCUACGAAGUCUUUGGAAAGAACGAAGACGAGCCCGACGAGGAUCCGACCAACGACCUCGUCAUACCUGUCAUUCCUACCUUUGGUAAUAACGACAUUCUACCGCACAACAUCUUCGAAAGAGGUCCGAAUAUCUGGACACGCCGUUACCUUGACCUAUGGCGCAAUUUCAUCCCCGAGGUGCAGAAACACUCUUUCGACCAGGGUGGCUGGUUCUACGUCGAGGCCAUUCCUAAACAUCUUGCAAUUGUCUCGCUCAAUUCCCUCUACUUUUUCAACUCCAACUCGGCCGUCGAUGGAUGCGCCGCCAAAUCAGAGCCUGGAUAUCGUCAACUUGACUGGCUCCGUAUUCAGCUACAAUACUUGCGCGACCGCAACAUGAAGGCAAUCAUCACUGGCCACGUUCCUCCUGCUCGCACCGCCAACAAGAGCAACUGGGACGAGACCUGCUGGCAGAAAUAUACCUUGUGGAUGCACCAGUACAGAGAUGUCAUAGCUGCUACACUCUACGGCCACAUGAAUACCGACCACUUUAUUGUGCAGGACUUUGAGGAACUAGACGACAGCAUUGUUGAUGGCUAUGAAGUUAUCAACAACUACAACAAGAGGGGCAUGGUCGCAGCCGCUGAACAAAAGUUUGGCAUCCAAUCUGCCACUAGCUACCUCAAGGAUUUGAGAAGGAGCUGGACCAAACUGCCAAAACCUCAAGUGAAUGAGGACGCAGAAGCCUCCAAGAAGGGCAAGAAACACAAGGGAAAGAAGCCACACAACCCGGACGAUUAUGACGCCGAAAUUGGAGGCCGUUACGCUGAGAGAUUCAGCAUCUCCCAUGUUUCACCAAGUGUUGUGCCCAACUACUUCCCUACCAUCCGUGUCUAUGAGUAUAACAUCACUGGACUGGAUAGAAAGUUGCCCCUUGCCAACGAGAACAUUUUUGAUCUCUUCGCAACGGAGGCAACAGAUGAGCGGUUCGACGAACAGAACCUCGAGCAAGAUGCAACAGUCGAAGAUGAAGAGUUGGAAGCUGAGCGUAAGAAGAAGAAGAAGCCCAAGAAGAAGACGAAGAAGCCCAAGAAGCACAGGUUUACAGUGCCUAAGCCACCUUCAAAGUCUGCACCUCCUGGACCCGCAUACUCGCCGCAGUCGCUGACUCUUCUGGGCUUUGUUCAAUACUACGCCAACUUGACUCGCAUCAACAACGAUCACUUCGAGGACGAUGCAGAGCAACAGAGAUCGAAAGAUGGCAAACAUGCCGACAAGAAGCCCUCCGAUAACGAUCGUACCCUUCACCCAACAAACUUCACCUACGAAGUAUUGUACGACACUCGUAGCGACAAGGUCUAUCAGUUAGAUGAUCUCACAACGAGAAGCUACCUCCGCCUAGCACAGCGUAUCGCUGGAGUCAGACCUAGAAAGAGCGACGUGCAGAUGUCAGAUACAGAUGUCGAAGAGAUCGAAGCAGAUGAAACUCUCGAUGAUGAUGAAGACCAAAAUGAUAUCGACAUCACCAAAAAGAAGCACAAGAAUAAGGGUGACGAAAAGAAAAAGAAGAAGUCACCCAAGGAUAACAAACCAUGGUACACGUUCGUCAGGCGAGCAUUUGUGGACACGGUAGACCCUGACGACAUUGAAGAAGAGUUUGGAACCUGA